CCUUCCGCUGAGAGGGAACGGAAGCGGAAUCGCCGCCAUCUCCUCGUAGCGAGCAGCUCCAGGGUCAGUACCGAGUUUACUGUGGGAAAUACGGUGGAUGAACCGCUAUCGAGAGCCACACGACACGGGGUACGUGUAGAAUGACUGUCAGACGUGUGGCCGGGCACGGAAAAGCGGGUCUGAGUGAAGCGGAACGGCCGCAGACAGCCGUGUGGCGUGAGGUGGUCGCUAAACGUUUCUGAUUCACCCCGGCUCGUGUGGGCCCUGAUGUGGCCGUGUGGAGGUCUGGAGCAGCGGACAGGCUAAAGACUGACCUGAACACCCACACACUGACAGACAGAAAGAGAGACGCGUGUCCAGAUUUCACAGGAACCUGAUAGUCACCCUGUUGCCAUGUCAACCUCAUCGCUAAGACGACAAGUGAAGAACAUUGUUCACAAUUACUCUGAGGCAGAGAUAAAGGUCAGGGAAGCGACCUCCAAUGACCCCUGGGGUCCCUCCAGUUCUCUGAUGUCAGAGAUCGCAGACCUGACGUAUAACGUAGUGGCCUUCUCAGAGAUCAUGAGCAUGGUGUGGAAGCGGCUCAACGACCACGGCAAGAACUGGAGGCACGUUUAUAAGGCUAUGACUCUUAUGGAGUAUCUGAUAAAAACGGGUUCUGAACGAGUGGCACAGCAAUGCAGGGAAAACAUCUAUGCUGUCCAAACACUCAAAGACUUCCAGUACAUAGACAGAGAUGGCAAGGACCAGGGCGUGAAUGUACGAGAGAAAGCCAAGCAGCUGGUGACUCUCCUGAAAGACGAGGAGAGGCUACGGGAAGAGAGGAUCCACGCACUCAAGACCAAAGAGAAGAUGGCACAGACGUCCAGUGCGUCUUCGGCUCCCUCGGCUCCUGGUUUAGGAGGAGUCAGCUCCAGCACAGAUGGGGAUCAAGCGUGGCCUCAAAGCUCCGGAGAGGAGGACCUGCAGCUCCAGCUGGCAUUGGCCAUGAGCAAAGAGGAGGCGGAGCAGACUAGCGCUGACCCCCUGGAGGACGCUGAACUCCGCUACGCGCUCUCAAUCAGCCAGGAGGCUCACCAAGAGGAGGAGCGUCUGCGCAGGGGAGACGACCUGAGGCUGCAGAUGGCCAUCGAGGAGAGCAAGAGGGAGAAAACCAAGCCUGAGGAGGGUGCUCUGAUGGAGUUAAGUGCAGUCGACCCUUGGGGAGCUUCAGCAGCUCCCAGCUCCUCAGGCCCCUCUCCCCCUCCCUCAGUCACCCCUGCUCCAGCUGCUGGGCCCUGGGGCCCCACUGACCCCUGGGGGGCCGCCUCUCCUGCCUCUCCCCCCAGUGCAGACCCCUGGGGUGGGGGGCCACCUACGAUAGCGCCACCCACGAUAGCGGCACCUCCAGACCCGUGGGGCAGCGGUGAGUCGGCCAGGGUAAACUCGGACCCGUGGGCCUCCACAGCCGUGACACCCCCCAGUGUGGACCCCUGGGCCUCCUCAGUGGCUGCAGCCCCCACCUCACUCUCAGGGUCUUCAGACCCCUGGGCUGGGGAUGGGGUGGCCCCUGCUACUGAUGGCCUGAGCUCUGACCCCUGGAGUGGCUCCGCUAAACACACUAAUGGCACAGGAGAUUUAGAGAGGAGAGGGUCCGCAGCAGGAGGCGGCGACCUGAGCGGCGGAGGCAGUACGGGCUCGCCGGUGCCCUUCGAUCUCUCAUCGCUCGGCUCAUCACUGCCCAUCCGGAAAACACCGGAGUCCUUCCUGGGGCCCAACGCAGCGCUGGUGGACCUGGACUCGCUAGUAUCUUCAAAACCUAAACCCAAACAGACCCAGCCCACCAUGGCCUCCUCUUCUCACAACCCUUUCCUUCAGACGCCGGGCUCCUCCUCUGCACAAGGCAUGGCCGUUACUCCAGGCAGCACCAUUUCCAGCAGAGGCGUGUCUCCGACGCCACCUCCGACCUCCAACCCUUUCGGCGUGACCCCGAUGGCCUCCAUUUCCCCCCAGCCUUCCUCGCUCGGCCUGAGCCAGCUACGCACCAGCCCUGUCCCUCCGAACCCCAUGCUGGGCCACAUGCCCCCACCAACUCUGGGCAUGGUUCAGCCGGGGAUGGCCAUGCCACCUAUGGGAGUGCCUAUGGCGGCCCCCAGCAUGGGCAUGGGAAUGGUACAGUCCAGCCCGAUGGGUAUGCCUUUCAGUGGGAUUUCGCCCAUGGGCCCUGCUGGGAACUCCCUAAUGAUGGGAGCGGGAGGAGCACCUCAGCCCGCGCUGGUUCUGGGCGGCCCGUCAGGCAUAGGCGGGGUCAUGGGUACUGGAGGAUCUGUGGGCGGGGGCGGAGCUACGGGCGCAAGCACCAACCCUUUUCUUCUUUGAGAGAUUUCACCGUGACUCCUCCCCCCUCCCUUUUAUUUUCUUUCUUUCAUUUUUUUUUUUUUUUUGACCUUACCACUUUGACCUACCGCCCCCUUAAACACAGUUUGUGUUAAAAAGAGAAGAAAGUGUGUGUUCAUCACUAUAUUUAAAGAGGAAAACAAUCAAAAUCAUUUCUUUCACAGCAUUUCACAUCUCUCACACAUUUCGUUUUGCUUUACAGAGGAGACGAGCGCUAACGGGAGAGGUAGCGGUCUAUUUAUUUCACUUUAGUUCUCUCGUGCGGGGGGACUGACGAGAAGGGUCAUUCAGUGAAUGCAGUCACGUGAGAAUUAUUAUUAUUAUAGUGUCGUUAUGAUUAUUAUUCUUCAUAUUACAGUUAUUAAAGGAGUGGAUCGGUGAAAAAUCUCAUUUACACAGUUGUUCACUUCUUCCUUCAGAUGUAGCUGAUGGACAUGCUUCUUUAUUUAAUCUCUGAAACAACAGGGCAGAGGUUAUCAACUCUAACAACUAGAAGUCAGUAGUCAAUCAGAUCUUUUCUAGACAGGCCUUAUUAACCCAUAAAAGCACCAGACCCAUUAGAUAAAAUCAUUGAGCAGCUUAUUCAUGUUUCUUUUUUAUUUAAAAUCCUGGUUAAAAAGUGUUUGUUUAACAUUUUGCUCUAGAAAUUCUUUCAGAACUAGUUCUAUUGAACCUAAAACGCUUAAUUAAAGUGCUUUUAAUUGUUAAACUGGUUGGAACAGAUCUGUAAAAGCGAACAUUCCCCUUUAAAAGGAGCUUAAGUUUUAUCCGAAGGCCUACUAUCUGUAAAUAAGGUCAGAUAAACAAACACAGAUUCACACACUCUCCUGUAGCGAUGAUGCUCUCAGGAUGUUCAUGUACGUGUCACGUAGUGGCUUCGUGAAUUAAAUUACAGAAGGACAGAGUGCUGCAAGAAACUUUACUCAGAUCUUAACCCACUAGUGACACAUGCGUCACCACGAGAUGUUUUAAGGAAAGUCCUUACAGACAGGUCUGUUCACUCUGUGUCCAUUUUUGCAACAGCGGCGAUCAGCAGUAAUCUCCAGUUAAACCAGUUAGACCAGCCUACCAUCGUUUUGAAUGGGGAGAGACCAAAAUGCUGGAAACUGAAGGACAGAUUUCUCUUAUAAAACCCUCAAGAACCUUAAGGUAACUGUGCUUGCGCAGAUCUCCACAUGCAUUCUUGGCACAGCCAGCAAGCUGAUUGGUUCUUUUUUUUUUAUUGAAAGGCAGGACUUCAUUAUUAAACAGACGUUGUUAAGCCCUACAAGAACUACCAUUAAUAUUUCAACCUGUGAUUGGUUGUUUUUUUAAUAAUGACGUUUCUGGCCUGUGGGUGUGGUUUAUCUUUUAACAUUAACAAAACUUUUUCUAGCUGUACACUGGGGGGCGCCAUUUAUAGACAUUGCACGGAAUCCUUUACUAGAUUUCUCUUUUUGUGCAUUAUGCAAGUGCACGGGCACCACAGAUUAUACUAAUGAUUUGGCUCUUUUUUCAAAAUCAUACCAGCAUCCGCAGAUAUUUAGCCUCGGCUGAUUUGUGCUGGGGUAUUUAUUGAGCACCUGAAUACAUAUAUAUAUAUAAAUGAACCAUUAUACAGUGUAGAAAAUGUACAUCACCAUUUGCAGGUACAUACAUGGAAAAAGUUAAAUGUCUGGAUUUGGGAUUCCCGAGUGGCACAACUGUCAAAGCGCUGGUUCAGUUUUUGUUGAUGAUUUCACAGCUAUUUGACACCCAAGUCCGUGUUUAAUUGGCCAUGUUCACACCUGGUCAUGUGUCCUAAGUGAUCCAAUCACGAGAGUCCAGCACAGUGUACAGGGGUGUGCACAAGGGAUUGCAUCCCAAUUACUAACUAGUAUUAGUUAGUAUGAUUAUGAAAUUUGUAGUAGUGUAGAUAAGUGUCAAAGUUGAGUAUACUCAAAUAUCCACCAUACAUACUCGAAUACAUGCUUUUGAGGAUGCAGUGCCAAAUGAAAUGGGAGGAGCUACUCCCAUCAUGGAGAAUAUAAGAAAAAAACAGCAGAUAAUGAUUUUUAAAUUAAGUUUAAGACCUCAUUAUUAUGAAUACAGUCUACUGACUGCUGUACACUAAUCAUGGAGCUUGUCUGGGGGGGAAGCCCUCUCUGUGGAGCUGUGGAGAUCUGUGCAGGCAUAUGUAUUUGUCCAGUUUUAUUUUAUAUCCAUUCAUUUUGUUUUAAAGUGUUUGGUCUCUAUCCAUUUAAAAAAAAAAAAUAGAAGGUUGGUCUUGCAUGAGUGGAUAUAACUGCCCAGCCAUGUUGCCAGAGAUUGCAGAUUAGUGAACUUACUUGUCUACAAAGACUUUGUUCAAGGGCAGCUGCAUUAUGUAUGCGCACCAGAUUAUAAUGCGCAUUUUAUGCGACACUAGAAGUAGGAACAGGGGUGUCGCCACUAGGUGAAAAGCGCUUCUGUUUAUUUACAGUAAGCUUAAAUUGACAGAUUUCCACUAAAGCUGGAGCGUUAGCAUUAGUGGCUAACCGCUAGCAGUUAGCGGCUAAUGCCACCCGACAGCCCUACACCGAUGAACCCUGAGUGUUCUGGUAACCAGGGUCAUAUUAGCUAGCGGUCCGUCCCACGUAGCUUGUUUUAACAUGGCGAAUGCGCAGACUACAGUCUGAUAAUACUCACCUCUGAGCAGCAAAUGAGCUAGCGCUUAGCACGGUUAGCAGCUAAUGCUUAUACUGCUGGAGAACUAAACUGAAACACGAAAUUUACGAUAAAUUUUAUAAGUUGACUGUUGAUUGUUAGUGUGCUCUAGUGGUUUUAACCUUGUAUCUCCAGCAGUAAACUAAAGAACAUACUCAAUUUGGAUGAUAAGCUUGUCUUCUCUGAUUGGCUCAAUGUGGGGGAAGUAAACAACAGUGCAAAUAUAUUUUCUGCCGAACCACUCCUUUCAAUUUAUUGCACAGAUAUUGAAGGCUAGGCCAAGUAAUUACGAAAGAAAGGGGGUAAAUGAGCUGGACGAUGAAGAAGAGGAGGAUGAGUAGAAAGACGGAGGGGGGAGUAAAGUUAGCCACUAAUGAACUGAUCAGAUGGAGGAAUUCCCCGCCUCCCUGCGUUCGGGGCAGAGAUGAAGGAGCUUCAAACUCCCCGAACUGAGCGGACUAAACCCCACUCACCUUCGCAUUUCAGCCACAACUCUGCUAAAAACGAAACUUUUCAGCUUUUAAUUUAAAUCAAUGUGUAAUUUUUCUUUAUUUUAUAAUUUAUUAUGGUUAUCUUUAUUUUUCUGACUCCUGGGAACAAGUAAACCAAGGAAAAUCACACUGAAUUACAGCCAUCGGAAUCAGAUGAAGCCUGCUUUAAAGCAUAUUUUACUUUACUGUGAUUUUUACACCCUCCCGAGUGGCUGCAGAAAGGGGGCGGAGCUACAGAAAUCACGUGUACGUGUGUGCGUUUGUACGUGUCCCGUUUUACUAUGUACCCCACAGCGCCCCCCCUGCCCUCCACCUGUGCUGGGGGUUGGUAUCUGCAGUAUCGCAGUGACUCACAUUUCUUCUUUCUUUUUCAUUUCAUUUUAGCGCUUGUUCACAACAAAAAAAAAAAAAACUGCAUUUAGUGUUUAAAGUUCUUUUUCCCGUUUUUUUUUUUUUUUAGCCUGUUUCUGUUGUGUGACUCAAACAAAGCAUUAGUUGGAUCUCUCACACGGGACACGCGUGAUUCUGUCCUCACAUUUCACUACUACCACCAUCCUCAUCACCAUCACCACCACCACCUCCAACGACUCCCCAUCACCUCAGCGUUUCAGAAGAAAGACGGGUGGGUGAACUACAAAUGCUUCUAAAUAAAUAAAAAAAACGACAAAAAAAAAAAAAUGAAACCUGAAUGAGUAUUUCAACAAAUUUCAACGAAAUGAAAUUGGGGACUGAAUAACAUGAAUUCAUGCUGUUAUUCUUAAUUUAGUUUUGAUGAAUUAUUUUAUAUAUGAAGAUAUUUCUCUUAUAUUGGGGCAAGCUCCAGAAAUUUGGUGUUGACCGUGAACGUUCACCUUUGAAAAACAAAAAUGGAGGGAAAAAAAAAAUCAAAGAAAUUUAAGAAAUAAUAAAAAAUAAAAAAAAAAUCACAAAAUGAA